AUGGUGUCUUGUUGUGAAAAAUUUCUGAAAUAUCAAAGUAAGCAGUCGAAAGAACCCAGGCAAACUCGACAAAUCCCAAUAUUGCCCUGGCAAAUUGUUGCAUCAGAUGUGUUAGAACACAAAAAUCAAAAAUACCUUGUGGUCAUUGAUUAUUAUUCAAAGUACAUUGAGGCUAUUAGGCUCAAUGGCAAAGUCAGCAGUGAUAUUAUCAGGUGUCUAAGUGAGAUUUUCUCAAGACAUGGUUAUCCACAAACUCUAAUUGCAGACAACAUGACCUACAACUCCAGAGAAAUGAAGGAAUAUGCUACGCAAUAUGGCAUUAACAUAAUGACAACCAGUCCCACAUAUAGUCAGGCAAACGGUCUUGCAGAAAAGGCGGUCAACAUUGUUAAAAACUUACUAAGAAAGGAGCGCAAUUUGAAUGAAGAUAAUGAUGUCAUUGAUGAUUCACAGCAUGUAACCAUGCAAUCCAGUGUAAGCUCUCCAAGUGUAACUAGAGAAUCAGAUGCUAACCUGGAACCAGACCUACCCGAUACUGAUGCCUCCUCGGUUCCGCGUCGCUCUACUCGGGUCAGAUUUGUACCGGUUUGGCAUAAGGAUUAUGUUAUGUAA